AUGGUAUCAAAGAGUAUUUCGCUUAGUUUUGGCCUGUUAUUUAUUACACUUAUGAUCAAUGCUGAAAUCGAUGACGAUUGUCUUGCAUGUAUUUGUAAAGUUGAAUCAGGCUGUUCACCAAAGGAUUGUGCAUGGGAUGAUUGUGGUACACCAGAUGAUUCAUUUGAAACGUGUGCAACAUACAAAGAUUGUUCGGAAGAAUGUGUACGUGCUUAUAUGGAUCGCUAUGGUAAACGAUGUACUAAGAAUCGUGAACCAACUUGCGAAGAUUAUGCUCGUAUUCAUAAUGGAGGUCCCAUAGGAUGUCGGCGUUCAAGUACAGAUGGAUAUUGGAAUAAAGUUUCUGCUUGUUAUUCUAAAUCUUUUAAAAAAGAAUGA